AUGGCACUAGCCCUGUGCAUACUUGUCCGGUCAACGCUUGCCUCAGCUCGUAUCCUUUCAACUCCGCCUCACCCUAUUGCUCACGACGCAAAGCUCACAGAGUUCCGUGUCAAUAUCUCCAACAAGGAGAUUCAUGAAUUGAACGAUCAUCUGAAACUCUUUCGCGCACCGCACCCGACGUAUGAGAACUCCGACAAUGGCUGGAAAUAUGGUGUGCCCAAGGACUGGCUCAUAUAUGCGGUUGACUACUGGCGGCACGAGUUCGACUGGCGUAAGCAGGAACGCGAGAUCAACAGUAUCCCGCAAUUUCGAUUAGAUUUGAAAGAUGACAAUGGGGAGGAAUACUCUGUUCAUUUUGCCGCACUCUUCUCCGCCAAGAAGGAUGCUAUUCCUAUCAUCCUCAGCCACGGCUUUCAGGGAAAGAGAACGUAUUAUCCAGACUCAUAUAUGAUAUAUAUGCCCAUCCUCCAGAGAGUGCAAAAGCAAUACUCAGGUAAACCCCACGAGCUGACAUACCACCUCAUCGUGCCGUCCCUCAUCGGCAUGGGAUUUUCGUCCCCACCUCCUCGGACGGAAGCAUUUUACACAAGCGACACGGCACGUAUCCUUAAUAAGCUUAUGGUGGCUCUCGGCUUCGGCGAAAAGGGUUACAUCGCUCAGGGCCAAGAUGUCGGCUCAAUGGUGUCAGAUUACAUGCUGGAGUAUGACGAGUGCAAAGCCGCCCAUGUCACCCUUUGGUGGGGUCACCCGGCGUAUGACCCUGCUACGGAUCUUCCCUCUUCCGAUCUAGAGAAGUAUGGGUUGCAGCGCAUGGCCGAGACUCGGCAAUGGGGCCAAGCGAACGUCCUGUUGCAUUCAGAUAGAUCAAGCACAGCGGGGCUCACAAUCGGUGGUAACCCGAUUUCAAUGCUUGUGUGGAUCGGUGAGAGAAUGGUCUUAUGGUCGGACCCGAAGAAACCACUGUCCUUGGAAACUAUCGUAGCUACGGCUUCGUUGUAUUGGUUCACACAGACCUAUCCUACCUCGUACUGGAUAUAUGCCGCAUUUAGGUCGGAGCCGAUUGCAUUGCCGACGAGAACUGGAAAACCGGAGGGGUUCUCGUGGUUUCCGAACGAUGUUGGCCUUCCACCGAAAUCAUACUUUGAGCGUAAUAGUGACGUCUUCACUUACUUCUACCAACACGAUAAGGGUGGUCACUUUAGUCCGACCGAGCAACCUGUUACACUCUGGGGGGAUAUUAUGGACUUUACGUCGAAGGUCCGGAAGGCUGAGUAG